AUGCGGACGUGGCGUUGGCAGGACAGCGUCGACAGCUUCAGCGGAGGACCCCACACCGUGGAGUGCUUCCGCGACCAGCCGUGGCUCGCCUGCAGCCUGGGCGCCUCGCCGGGCGGCCACUCCACCGCCGGGCCCAACCCGAUGGAGCUCGCCUCGCAGUUCCCCGUCAUCCGGCAGGCGCUGGCGAGCGUGCAGGCGGAGCAGCAGCGGGCCAAGGAGAACCCAGAGCUCUGGCCGGCCGCGGUGAGCAGGGACCGGGCGGAGCUGCAGCGGCGGACGCGGCGCAGGCCCCCGCUGGACGCCGACCUCAGCACGCUGAGGAGCGUCGCCACAGGCCUCAGCUUCAGGGAGUCGGCGGGGACGCUGCUCACCAAGACGCGCUAG